AUGGACAGCACGAGCGACGAGGACCGGGACGAAGUGAGCGCGCUCGUGCACCCAACGAUAGCCGCCAAGCGAAGCCAUCGGCGGGUCAAGUCCAUCGGCGUCGGUGGACGGCUCGAGCUCGCCAAGAUCUCGACCGACCAAAAGGUGGAAAUUCUCGAGACGGAGCUCCAACGCCAGUCCAAGGCGCUCGAGGAAGCCCAAGAGGAGACGCAGCUCGCGGCGCGCAUUGGCCAGUCGCUCUUGCUUCAAAACCAAAAGCUCGACUACGAAUGGGAGUCCAAGCUCGCUUCCAUGACCAAGCAGCACAGCGACGACACGGCGCGGCUGCAGGUGCUCGAGCGCGACCUGGCAACGCUGCAGCACGACUACAAUGCGCUGCGGUCGGCGCGCCUGCACGCGGACGCCGAGCUCGACCACCUCCGCAUCGAGAACGCCGACCUCAAAUGCAAUGCCAAGACGACCGUCGACGAUCUCUGUCGACUGCAGCAGCGGUAUCGAAAGCUUCAGCAGCAGUACCGAGAGCUGCACGCGACGCACGAAGCCUUGCAGUGCGACCACGUGAGUGCGACGAGCACAGCGCAGCGAGCGAUGCACGACCUCAAGGUGGCGCGGGAAGCUGCGCAGCUUGCGGCCAAGGUGCACGAUGCGAGGAGCCAGCAGCUUUCGCACUUGACGAGCGAAGCCAACACGGUGCGCGUGUUGCGCGACAAAAUUGCGAGCUUGGAGCACCGCCACGCGCUGCAGUCGGACACCGUCGUGAGCCUCAAUGAAGAGAACGCAGGCCUGCGCGAGCGCGUGGCGUUGGCGACCGACCAAGUGCUCACACUGACGAACGAGCGGCACAUCAUGGCCGAGCGGCUUGCGCACGAGCGCAACGUCGCCGAAGGGCUGAUGCAAAAGUACGAAGAGUACCUGCAGCGAUCCCCCGUGAGCCCGCGGAGUCCGCGCGACGGCUUCUUCUCGAGCGGGUCUCCGUGGAAGCAGCGGUCGCUCUUCCACGAGCUCUCGGUCCACCUCCGGCACGAGUGCAAACCGCCGGUCGUGCCCUGGACCGAGUGGCUCCUUGCGCACUCGAAAUUGGGGCUCGCCCGGCUCUGGACGGUCCCGUCACCCGCCAGUCUCUGGCGCGCGCCACCGUACCCAGUCUGGAAGGCCACGGCGGUUUUGGUCGUCGACUGGCGACUCUACUGGAUCGCGCUCACGAGCUGGGCGUGGCUGCCGUGGUAUGGACUCCAACGCAGCCUCGAGGCGUACGUCGACCGCCACAAGGCGCGUCGAGCCUAG